UUAAACGGAAGUGAACAGUGAUCAAGUACAAUUUUUACAUUAGCGUUUGUUGUUGUUGUUAUUCAGACGUUUAUUAACACACUGCACAGCAUCACAUACUUACCCCAGGUAGUCUUAUAUUCGCGUUGGAGACAGGACAGGUUGAUGUUAUCUAGGUAAAGCUAGGUUCUAACAAUGGCUAACUGUAUGGUUUUUCACACUCAAAUAGCCUCCAUCAUGGAGGUGUUAGCGAAUGCAGCCGUGGCAGAGGUCUGUAAACUCGUAGACGAUGACUAUGCAGUGUUUCGUUUGGAAAUAACUCAAAGACAUAAAGAAAACAGGGCAUUGCAGAGGAAACUACAGCUACUUGAACUGAAGGUAUCACGGGACCGCGCAGACAAGAUGAUGCGAGAGCGCAUUCUCGCCAGUCGUCCCAGAAGUGUCAAGAUCCUCGACCGAUACAGAGGAACCGCAAGAGGUGAAGGACAUCUCACUGGAGGCCACAGGAGCUUUGUGAAGCCAGCGGAACACAACACAUGGAGAGAUGACCAACCAAUCACUGUUGAUGAGGGGAGUGGAACCUCAACCCAGAACGUUAUUAUGAUAGAGGAUGCAGAGGCUGCAGGUCCUGGGGUCAAGCUGGAGAGGUCUCAAGAAGUGGAGGACCCACAGCACAGCAGAGACAUCCAUACUGGAACGGCUGGAGCUCCCCCUGUAGCCACGGAGGACCCCACCUCCGCCCCAGCGCCACCCAUUACCCGACGAAACAUCACGGAGGAGGAGGUGCUGCUGGUGAAGGAGGAGGGGUGUGAGGAGGGUCUGGGGAAACCUGAGGGGACCAUGGUCAUGGAGAACAACCAGACUACACCUUCUCCUGAACCCCCAGUGGAACCAGCUGAGCAGCACAGGACCACACACAGUCUCACUGAGUCAGUAGACGUGGAGGAUGGGAAGCCUGAUCUGCUGCUGGUCAAAGAGGAGACGAUAGAAGACGAACAAGAGGGCAUUAACCUGUUGAGUGGACUAAAGAUGGGGGAGCAAGGUGGUUGGCUGGAGGCUAACAGAGGAGACUGGGUGGCCAUCUUGGAUUCCCAGACCCAGACAAGUGCAGUCAAUGGCCCGGGGGACGACAUCACUGAGCAGGCCAGGACUAGAGGCGACAAUGUGGAGGUCAGUGGAUGGGACAGUGUCUUCAACACUGGGCUGGGAAACAACAGUGUUAACCACAACCAGAAACAGACUGUCGAACACAAAACAACAACCGAAUAUAGUCUCCGUGACAACAGACUGGCUGAGACCAGGGCGAGUAGUAGAUUUUGUCUGCGGGGACAGGGAGGUGUUGGUAUGCAGCUGGAGAGAACAGACACUGACUCGGCUAGCGAUGCUCCGUCUUGCUCCUAUAGUUGUGAUUCAGAGAGACUGAUGGCACCUCAGGUUAACCCCCUAACAGGUGCUGCCUUCAGCCUGCCUUCUAUAGGAUCUAUCAACUGGAACAUGGAUCCUGAGACAACACAGACACUCCCUGGCCUUCAUCCUCCUCACACUCUCCUUAUGUUAAACCAGACCUCAGACAAUGCCAGUGCCUCAACCUUAAAUGGCUGCACAAGCCCAUUGACAAAUGACAGUAUUAGAGAUGGAAUCAGUAAAGGUGGCAGCGCCAAAGAGAAGCGCUUUCCGUGUUCAUUUUGUGGGAAAGCCUUCCGUUUGCCCAAACAGGUGGAGAUCCACCAGAGGAUGCACACAGGGGAGAAACCUUUCGGCUGCCACCUGUGCCGGGCCAGUUUUUCAGACUCGUCCAACCUGAAGAGGCACCAGAGAGUCCACACAGGGGAGAAACCCUACAGCUGCCCCCAGUGUGAGAAAAGGUUCUCCCGCCAGCACCAUAUGAAGAUGCACCUGAAGGUCCAUACAGGAGAGAGGCCGUUUGCCUGUACUCACUGUGGGAAGAGGUUCUCAGAGAGGAGCUACCUCAGGGUACACCAACAGAAAAUGCACACGGCCCAUGUAUAGUAAUAUGUAAUGUUGUACUACUACUUAGUACUAAUUCUGUUGGUUUUGGAUAUAGUAGGGAAGUGGAUGAGGUGAACUGAACUGAAGAAAUAAUGAGUAUGAUGAGACAUAGAAGAUCAGGGGUUAGUAACAGGAUUUGGGGGAUUUGUUUUUGGUUAAAAACAAAAAAAGACCAGGAAUUCAGCUGAAAGUAUUCCCACAAAUAAAUAAAUAAAAAGUAUCUCAAUGUUAUCAAGGUAUGAAAUUCUUGUUAUUUUUCAAUACAAUCUCUUUGGGCUUAGUUGUGGUCAUUUUGCAGCGUACAAAUUAUAAUUAUUUUCCAUCCCCCUGACCAAUCUCCGAGAAAGAUUCAGCCCGCAGCUGAGUCUAGUUGCCUACCCCUGGAGUAGAUGAUAUCGUCAUGGUUGGUGUAUUCUAAAAUGCUUCAUUGAUGAUUUGUACAACCUUGUCCUGUUGUUUUGAUGCUGGUGUUUUUAUGAGGAAAUGAUAAUGCCUUAAUUCAUGUUUACUAAUACUGAUCAUGACAAUGGGGUGAAACUCCAGGACAACAGUUGUGAUUGUUUAUUUUACUUUGUCCUGUCCUGUUUUUAGGUUAUGUAUCUUUGUUUACAUGACAGCAAUUUAUUUUAUUUUAAUUGAGCGCCAUUUAGGUCAGGCUAUUUGAUCGGAGAAACCUGCAUUAUGUAAAAAGAGUCUGUCUCAUUACAUUGUCAUACAUUUUAUCUCCAGCCUGUAGAUUACAGAAAAGGCCACGCACGCUUUCUACCAUAUCAUAGAUCUGCUGCAUGAUUUAUGUUAGAUCUUUUUUUUUUACAGAAUGUUGGUUGAGCGCUGCAGAGGUGCAUCUUUCCAACAGCACCCUGGAGAGGCGCGCUGGGAAUGAACAAGCAAAAUAUUUUACGCCCCGGCCUUUGAUAAAGUGGGCACUGCUUAUCAAAGGGCGGCAUCACCGCUCACCUAAAAAGCCCAUAUGCCACUGGUUGAGAGAAAUUGCCAUUGUUUUGUGGCAGAAUUAUGUGAGGUUUUAUGUGUUGGUGUUGGAGCUGCGUCUUGGUCUGUUCAGCUCAGAAAAUGCCGCCCUCAUCAAUCUCCCGCCAUAGGCGGCCCCCUAAUCCUGCCUAAUGAGUGGGCAGACCAUGCCUAUAGCAUAUCAUAAUCACAUCAAUAAAUUGGUUAUAACAAACUCUGAACACCGUAACACCAAAAUGGAUGCAGAGGACAUGACAAAUAAAUUCAAAAGGGGGGAAUAUUUACAGGUUGUUCAGGAGGUAAAGGGAAAGUGGAUUAAAUGUGACUAGUUGUGGAAAAUACUGGAGAUCAAGAAAACAGAGGUAAGGAGCCAGCACUGCGUGCAUAUUAUGUGCAGUAAAGUAUAAGCGUACCAGAGUCUGUAUCAUGUUUGUUUUUUGUUUUUUUUAUUACAGAAAAGACUAAAAACAUUUUAAUUCAUUCGUGAAUGCAAUUUCCGAAAUGGAAUGGUUUAUUGUUUAAGCUAAUUAUUCAAGGCUCGCUUUAUUUUAAAAUUGAAACGCUUGAAUGCAUUUCAAAUCAUGAAUGACUCGUAUGCUGUGUGAUGACAUGAACGAGUGAAGGAUUGACUGAUACAGUAGCCUAUAGAAGUGUUGAAAUGCAGUCCUAAGUAAGUUAUGGUAUUAAGACUAAACAGGCCUACAGCUUGACGGUGGUUAUACAA